AUGUAUGGUGGGAGCUAUUGCAGACGACUGAGUGAACGACAGGCACGCGGUCAUCGUCUGGGCCUGCUGGGGAUAGAAAGCCGUCGUCCAUCUGGGCAACCCAUUGGUCAAGAUAUUGUACGUCCAUCUGAGCAACCUAUUGGUCAAGAUAUUGUACGUCCAUCUGACCAACCCAUUGGUCAAGAUAUUGUACGUCCAUCUGGGCAACCCAUUGGUCAAGAUAUUGUACGUCCAUCUGAGCAACCCAUUGGUCAAGAUAUUGUACGUCCAUCUGACCAACCCAUUGGUCAAGAUAUUGUACGUCCAUCUGGGCAACCCAUUGGUCAAGAUAUUGUACGUCCAUCUGAGCAACCCAUUGGUCAAGAUAUUGUACGUCCAUCUGACCAACCCAUUGGUCAAGAUAUUGUACGUCCAUCUGAGCAACCCAUUGGUCAAGAUAUUGUACGUCCAUCUGACCAACCCAUUGGUCAAGAUAUUGUACGUCCAUCUGAGCAACCCAUAGGUCAAGAUAUUGUACGUCCAUCGGAGCAACCGAUUGGUCAAGAUAGUGUACGUCCAUCUGAGCUAACGAUUGGUCAAGAUAUUGUACGUCCAUCUGAGCUAACGAUUGGUCAAGAUAGUGUACGUCCAUCUGAGCUAACGAUUGGUCAAAAGAUUGUGUCCAGCGCAGUAUAG